AUGAAGGCGCAGCUCGCAGAUACGCAGCGGGAGUGCAACCGUUUGAAGCACAAGCUGCGGGAUGUUGAGACCGAGUUGCAUGUGGCCAAAGAGGUCACCGCAUCUGCCACAGAUCGCCUGACAGCCCAUGCUGAGCGAAAGGACCUCCUUCUCUCAGCAGGCGUGGAGCGGGGUGGCCUUGAGCGAGCGAAGCUCGAAGAGGAGCUCCAGCGAAUGGAGCGCUUGCUUUGGGAGCGCGAUCAGGAGAUCAAGAAGCUUCGACACUCUGCCGGCAGUUUGGAAAAGCAGCAGCUGCAGCUGGACCUUGAGAUGUGUGGACUGCACGCGGCCAAGGAGAACUCCACUCUUGAGGCCCGUGAGCUAAGCACUGGCAUCGCGGAUUUGCUGCACAACCGGCUGCAGAAGGUGCCAACCACCCAAGAAGGUCUUAUGGAAAGCAUGGCUAGCGGAAGCCCCUUCUUCGGCACACAGAACCUGGACCCUCAACGCCAACGGGAGGAGAAGCGGCUCAAAGACAGCACGCACAAAUUGGAGUUGAAGCGCCAGGAGCAUGCUGAGCUGAAGCGCCGGGCAGACCAGGCAACGGCUGAUGCAAAGAAUACCGAAGAGGAGGAUGCAGCCCUUCACCAUCGCGUGCAACUUUUCGAGCGACAGCUGCGAGAGAAGCAGGGGCAGAUGGAGCUGCACGACAAGCAGUUCGUCCAUGAGGGGGGCCUCCUCCGAGAGCACGUGGAGGAGUUGCGCACGGCUCUGGCCAAAGAGCAGACGAGCUUCAUGACUGCGGACCAUUGUGUGGCCUUACACAGCCAGGCACAACAUGAGGCAGAUGCCACGAAACGAGAGAUAGAGUCGCUCCUGGCGAUCGUUCUGCAGCUUGAUUCUGCUUUGCGGGCUCGGCAUCAGCAUGUGCAUAGCGCGGAGGUUAAGAGUGACGCCAUCGAUGUGCCUGCUUCUAAGCGCGCUGACCGCGGGCUCUCCAUGCACUACUCCGAAACAGACCUGAUGCUGUUGGAGUGGUAUGCCGGCUGGGUCACAGGCUCAGUGCAGUCAGCCAACGUCAGCGCAUCCGAGAGGGGCUUCACGGUGCUUUACGAGGGAGAGCUCACCGUGCUGCGGCGUGGCGGAGCCGAAAGCAGGUACUGCGUCCUGCGCCACGAGACCUUCCAGUACUACACCUCCGCGAAGGACUUCAAGGAGGGCAAAGCUCCAUUGGUCAGCUUCCCCAUUCUGGCCACGAGCAGCUUCGAAUCCAGCUCAGCAGGCCUGAAGCUACGUCAUGGUGCCAGGGUUAUUGUACUGGAAGGGCCAGAGGCUGCUGUGACAUUGUGGCGCAAAGCCCUGGAAGAGGCCUUUGGCGCAGCCAGGACACGUGGCGCUACGCUGCAACUUCACAUCUUUGGCUUAAACGAGAAGCUCUGCACAGUUCUGGCGGAGCCUGCGUGGAGAGUCCGAGACUUGAAGGCAGUUAUCCAGUCGGCCACUGGCAUUCUUCCAAGCGAGCAGCGACUCGUUUUCCGGACAGACUUGCUGAACGACCCGGAUCUGCUGCAGGGAGUUUUCCAGACGACCAAGGCUGAGGCCUUGGAGCUUUAUUUGGUACGCUGUCCUCCUGCCGCAGAAUGCAAGCCUGCAGGACUUCGGAAAACUCGGGAAGCCAUACUCCAGGCCGUACGCCACAAUUGGCAGCAGCUGAGUGAAGCCGAUGCCAUUUGGAGGCAAGACCGGGAGAUUGUGUUGGCAGCAGUGCGCCAGGACUGCAUGGCCCUGCAGUUCGCAUCGGAGGACCUGCGGGAAGACCCGGAGAUAAUCGUGGCAGCAUUGGGACAGUCGGGCUCGGCGCUGAGCUUCGUUGGCGGCCGGAUCAAGGAUCACCCGGACGUGUUGUCCAUGGCGGUGGGCUACUGA